AUGCUUUGCACUGUCUAUAUGCCUUCCCUCUCUCUAUUUCUCCCCAUUUCUCUUUCUUUCUUUCUUUCUUUCUUUCUUUCUUUGCCUAUUUCUUCUACUCUUUUUUUCUAUCGCUCUCUUUCUCUUCUUCUUCCUUCGUUUUCCCCUCUCUCUCUUCUCAUCCUUUCUUUAUUUCCUUCUCUUACACUUCUCGUCCUCCACUUUUCUUUCUUCCCCUCUCUCACUUCAAUUCAUGCUUUCCUCCUUUUCCUUUCUCUCUUCUGCACAUCCUCCUAUCCUUCUUUAAUUUAUUUCACGUCUCCUCUAACUCCCUCUAACCAUUUUCUUCUUCUUCUUCUUCUUCUUCUUCUUCUUCUUCUUCUUCCCCUCCCGUCUGUUUUUUCUUUCUUUAUCCUCUCCAUUUCUUUUCCACUGUCUUUCAAUUAUCCCUUUCACAUUCCCUCUCAUUUCUUUCUUUUAUCAUUUCUAAUCUUUCUUCUUUUUUCUUCUUUCUUUUUCUUUCUUUUCUUUUUCUUUCUUUUCUUUCUUUGUUUUUCUUUUCUUUCUUCAUUCCUAAUCUUUCUUUCUUUCUUUCUUUCUUUCUUUGUAUCAUUCCUAAUCUUUCUUUCUUUCUUUCUUUCUUUCUUUCUUUCUUUCUUUGUAUCAUUCCUAAUCUUUCUUUCUUUCUUUCUUUGUAUCAUUCCUAAUCUUUCUUUCUUUCUUUCUUUCCUAAUCUUUUUUUUUCUUUCUUUUUAUCAUUCCCUAAUCUUUUCUUUUUCUUUCUUUCUUUCCUAA